AUGUCGCUGCACCGUGGCCAGGUAGAUGCAUGCACAGCUAUUGCUGUGACGAAAGGCGCAAGUACAGACAAUUCGACGCUGAUCGCUCAUACGGACGACGCUGGUGGCAGCGCCUCGGAUCUCCGUCUUGUUCGCGUCCCAGCACAGGAUCACGAACCGGGUAGCAAGCGUGCCGUUUACAACAUCAACAGUGGUUACCCGAGAGUUGUGGCACCAGAUCGAGGAGCUCACUACCAGCCUGUAGACGAUUCAGAGACUGGGAGGACCCAAGAGUACUCGACACCAAUAGGUUAUAUCCCGCAGGUGGAGCACACGUAUGCUUACUUUGACCAGGAUUACGGAAUGAUGAAUGAAGUGCAGCUCAGUAUUGGCGAGAGCACCUGUGGGGCCAAAACUGUCGGCUGGUCACUUGACGUGCCUGGGGGCAAGAACUUGUUUGGCAUUGCAGAACUCACGAAGGUUGCGCUAGAACGCUGUGUUACUGCUCGUUGUGCAAUUGAUAUCAUGGGCACACUGGCUGAGAAUUAUGGCUUCUACAGCGAAGACAGCGGUGAUAUGGCGAAACCGGACUAUGGCGAUUCGGCUGAAGCCCUCGUGGUAGGCGAUAAACUUGGUGAGGUCUGGGUUUUUCACGUCAUGACGGGGAAGGACCACACCGGUGCGGUGUGGGCAGCGCAGCGCGUGCCAGACGGACAUGUAACUGUCAUUGCGAAUGGCUUUUCGAUUCGUGAGAUUGACCUGAGCCAGCCCGACUGGUUCAUGGCUUCGACUAAUGUGGUCUCGCUUGCUAAGGAAAUGGGCUGGUGGGACCCGAAAGGGGGCAAACCCUUCGACUUUACAGCUUCGUACGGUUUUGCUGAUAAAGACGCCAUAGGUCCCUUGUACACUGGGCGCCGUGUCUGGCGUGUGUAUAAUGUGCUCGCUCCGUCGCUGCAGCUUGAUGCUCGUCUUGGGAGCUUUUCACAGUACGCCACCUAUCCGUUUUCAGUCAAGCCCGACCGUCAAGUAGAAACUUACCAGAUCAUGGAUUUGCUUCGCGAUUACUAUGAAGGCACACAAUACGACAUGACCAAGGGCAUGGCAGCUGGACCUUUUGGAGCUCCUGUGCGGUGGUCUGGUAGCCCCGGAGGUGUCACUGGCGGCUGGGAACGCCCGAUCUCGAUGUAUCGCACGCUAUUUUCGUUUGUACUUCAGACUCGCAGUCAUAAGGGAUCGGAUGCUGUUGGCGGUGUUGCAUGGUACGCUCAGAGCGCCCCGCACGGAUCGGUCUUUGUUCCGUUCUCUUGCGCACAGAGCACUGUCCCGGAAUCGUACUUGUUAGGUCGACAAAGCAAAUUCCACUCGCAGUCUGCCUGGUGGGCAUUCAACUUCGUGAACAACUGGAGUCUACUGCGUUUUGACGCUAUGAGUGUUGAGAUCCGCGGCAAUAUCCAUCGACUACAGAAAGCAGCUUUUGCUCUGCGUCGCAAAAUGGAGAAGGAGGUGCAUGAUGAGAGGUACUCGGCCACCAUGAGUGAGACCCAGCUAUUGACUCGUUUUCAUGAUCAAAGCAAUGAUUUUGCCGACCACGUUGUAGCACAGUGGUGGCAACUUGCAUGGACAUUGGUGGGCAAAUACAGUGAUGGCUACAUGACGACAGGUGAGGCUCCGGAGCAACAGGCGUCAAUUGGAUACCCAACUUGGUGGUUGCAGGGCAGCGAAUUCGCGACGUGGCCUGGCGAUACGUUCAUGCCCAAGUUCAGCAUGCACCAGCAGCUCGUGAGAGUUGAAGGCGAGACCACACAAGGUUUUGUUCGCCAGGCAGCCAAGCCUGCUCAUGUCCAGAUGGAAGGACAAAGUUACCCGAUCGCCUUUGCCUGGGUCAUCAUGGGCGCUGUACUGGGCGCUUCCAUGCUAUCUCUCGCCAAAAAGACGGGUCGCCGUGUGGGCUACCACGCGGUUGCGUAA